AUGGGCGCGUGUAGCCAUGUAUAUUUAAACCGUAUAUUUUUUAAAACAUUUUCUCAGGACUAUAUUCUCCAUUGGGUUCUUUUGAGAGGUGUUAAAGGCGUAGGGGACCCGGACACUUUUUCACAGUCGCACCAAGUAAACAUGGCUGCCUCCCCGCCAGCAGACGGGAGCGUGAGCAAUGCGGAGGAAGAAACAAGCUCUAUAAUGGAUACGGGCGAGGAUCCGACCGCAGAGAACAGAGGAGGCGAAAAUCCGAAGGGAGAACUGAUGAAAAAAGAGACAGAAACGGAGGAGCCUUUUAAGAAACCGGCUCUUUUCGCCGCGCCUUCCCUCAAACGCAGCAACGUCGCCGCUCCGUCCAAGCCGUCGACAGCAGAGCCGAAAAUUGUCAAAGAAAACGACGCCGCUCGCGUUGAAGACACCGCCACGGAGAAGCCUUCGGAGGAUGCUGCUGAUGGGAACACCCCGGGAACAGGUCAGGAAGAGGAGAAUAAAGUCGAAAGGCCCACGAAGGCAGCUCCUGUCAAAACCAAAACAGAAGCUAAACCUCGGGCGCUCCCUGUCAAAGCUCCCCCCGCUGGCAAGUUCCCCCCUCUCCCGUACACUGAGCCGCCCUGGGGUGGCAUCGCUUCGGACGUCCCAUAUGCCCUCGAAAUCCUUAAAAACGGCGCUAUAGUGGACACGGUGCCCCUCACUCACAGGAGUUACUUUGUGGUGGGUCGUUUACCCGUGUGCGACGUCUCCCUGGAGCACCCGUCCAUCUCCAGGUACCAUGCGGUGGUUCAGUACCGAGGGCAGGCCGGAGAGGGGGCGUGUGUCGGCGAGGAGCGAGGCUUUUAUGUCCACGACCUGGGCAGCACACACGGCACCGUGGUCAACAAGAACAAGAUCCCGCCCAAGACCUACAUCAGACUGCGAGUAGGGCACGUGUUGAAGUUUGGUGGGAGCACGAGACUUUUUAUCCUGCAGGGUCCAGAAUUUGAUGAGGAAGAGGAGUCUGAGCUGACGGUGACGGAGCUGAGGGAGCGAGCCAGAAAACAGAAAGAAGACCUGGAGAAGAGGAUGAUGGGAGCUGGCUCUGAUGAUGAUGAGGACAAUGAUGAAAAGGAGGGGGAUGAAGAGGACGGGGAGGGCAGCAACAACAGCAAGGGUCGGAGCAAACUGUCCAAUGAAGACUCUGGCUGCUCGUGGGGAAUGGCCGAGGAGGCAGCACCAGAGGAAGAUGAGAACGAAGAAAACCCCUUUUCCACCGAGUUCCACGAAGACCAGGAAGCAGCCUACUUGAAGGACCCCAAGAAGGCUUUGCAGGGUUUCUACGACAGAGAAGGGGAAGAGCUGGAAUUUGAGUAUGAAGACAAAAGUCAUGGGUCCUGGCUCUGUAGAAUAAAGCUGCCGGUGGAUGACGCUAUGGGCCGUCAGCUGGUUGCGGAGGUUACCCACACGGGGAAGAAGAAAGACGCAGCCGUCCAGUGCUGCCUGGAGGCUUGUCGAAUGCUGGAAGCCCGAGGGCUGCUGCGCCAGGAAGCAGUGUCCCGUAAGCGUAAAAAGAAGAACUGGGAAGAUGAGGACUACUACGACAGUGACGACGACACCUUCCUGGAUCGUACCGGCACCGUGGAGAGGAAGAGGCAAGAGCGCAUGAAGAAGGCUGGAAAGAUUGAGGAGAAGCCGGAGACGUAUGAAUCAUUGGUGGCUAAGCUGUCAGAGGUGGAGAAGGAACUGGCAGAAACUCAGAAAAAGCUCAGUGCUGGUAAAGGAGGCUCUUCAGCCUCCUCCGCUGAGGACUCUCUGGACGCCUUCAUGACUGCGGUGAGAAGCGAGGUGGCGAUGGACGCCGUGGAGCGCAAGAAGCUUCACCUGCACGUGGCCGACUUACGCAGAGACGCCCAGAGGCUCCGCAAGCUGGUCGAACUCACGCGGCCAGCUCAGAUGCCCUCACUAGUGCCCGGCUCAGAGUCAGAGAAGCCUAAGAAGAGCUUACCGCUGUUUGGAGCCAUGAAGGGAGGGAGCAAAUUCAAACUGAAAACUGGCACCAUCGGGAAGCUGCCUCCGAAGCGGCCCAACCUUCCCGCAGAGCUCUUCAACCUGAAAGAUCUUCCACCUGCCGGGGAGGAGGAGGAGGAAGAGGAGGAAGAGGAAGAGGCGGGGAAAAUGGAGGACAAUGAAGAUGAACAGAGUGCAAGCGUUGCUGAGUCUAAACCUGACUCCGAAGAGUCUUGUGCGUCCACAUCUAAAGGGAGUGCUUCAAAGGGCCGUAGAAAAGAUCAACCAGUCAAGCCCCAGGAGCUGGAAGAUGAAAGCGACAAACGGGUGAGGGGUGAGGAGCGUGCUCCAGCAGCGGAGCAGGUCCCUCAGCGCAGCAGCAAGUCCCAGAGUCCAGAUGGUGAAAAAGAGCCUCCAGCAGACCCCAGCCCCAGGAAGAAGAAGAAAGUGAUGGGCCCCAGCAGGCCACCAGUGCAGCUGUCGGGACAGUAUCCAGAGGACGACCCUGAUUAUUCUGUGUGGAUGCCUCCUAAAGAUCAGACCGGAGAUGGACGCACACACCUAAACGACAAGUACGGCUACUGAGGGGGAAACAGAAGAGAGCUCCUCUGUCUCCACUCCAGCAGCUUUCAUUCUGCAGAUAAUACCUGAGGCACAAAGGCUCCACUCUCCCACCGUUAACCCCCUCCAACCAUCCCAGCCUGCUGUGUGUGUGGUUCGGCUCAGAGAGCGGGAGCCUGCAGCCGAACGGGGACUCGCAGAGGAGCAAGCCGAGACAAUGAUGUUAAAGCUUUUAUUCAUCUCUCCAGGGGUAUUUGCAUUCUCAGACUGCUGUAUAAAAAAGCACACCGUUUCAGUUCACAUUUAACCGGCAGAGCAGGCCUUGGGCACUCGGCCUCACGGGGCACUCGUCACCCCUGACAGUAAUUGAGACGGGUAGCACUUGAGUUUUGUCCCCUUCUUUUUUAAUUCUAUACCGCUCAAGCAGAAAACAGGAAGGGACAGAGCGGGAGCUGCGACCGAUCCAAAUUCAGCUUCCUCGUCUUUGGCUGCCCCUCUCGCAGUUAAAUCCACCUGACAUCCAAUCUGUAUCCCUCCUCUGUUUGGCUUCAGUCGGUGGCUGGCAUAACCUCUUUUCUUCCAAAGGAGAGCGUGUAGCGGGGAGGGAGAAAGAGGGAGAGCAUUGAAGCAGCUUUUCUGACCAUCUGGACACUUGGAUGGCUUACUGGAUGAAACGCAAGCUGAUAAUGACUCAAGCUAAGUGGAGUGUGUUUCUGUGUCUACACACACACACACACACAGUGUUCAACCUUCUCAAAGUUCUCUUUUUAACAAGAUUGUCUUUAUGAGCAAGUCAGCUAUUGGUGUGUGUUUGCCCCGAGCAGGACUCCUCCCUGUGAAAUCCCACUCAGUGCUGUUCACUUGGUUUACUGUCCACCCUCUUUCCUGUUGUCUUUUCUCGCUACACUAGUAAAGAAUGUAUUUUGGUACAUAAAUGUAUAAUAAAAUUGUCUGUACAUAA